CGAAAAUCAAAUACGAUUUACAAAAUUUAUAUUCCAUUAUUCCAUUUAAAGAUGGGAUAAUGUUUUGACAUGUGUAGCUACAAUUUCUUGUGCGCCAUUGCAGUAACAUAAGGCGUCGAGUGAGAAACCGUGUGGUUCCGAGUCCUUUGGAUGCUGUGUUUGUUUUUCAUAGCUCAAUCGAUUUCUUCAGAGAGCAACGCACCAUCGCCACCCACGCAACAUAGAAGGAACUAAUUAGAAUUAUUGCGGUCCUACAAAACACACACAUACAUACAUAGAUGCUAAUUGAAUCUUAUCGCGAAACAGUUUUAGAGUUUUUUGUCCACUGCACCAUGAAGCGUCAGAAUGUGCGUACACUUUCGCUCGUAGUCUGCACAUUUACGUAUUUGUUGAUCGGUGCAGCAGUCUUUGAUUCGCUGGAAUCACAUACAGAGGCGAAACGUUGGGAGUUCCUACAGUCUGUUAAGUCGAACUUUUUGAAGAAAUAUAAUGUCACAGCAGAAGAUUAUCGGAUGCUCGAAAUAGUCAUAAUUGAGAAUCGGCCACACAAGGCCGGUCCUCAGUGGAAGUUCGCCGGUGCCUUUUAUUUUGCUACCGUGGUUCUGGCUAUGAUUGGUUAUGGACAUUCUACGCCAGUAACUAUAGGAGGAAAGGCAUUUUGCAUGGGAUAUGCAAUGGUUGGAAUCCCACUCGGGCUAGUCAUGUUCCAGUCUAUCGGUGAGCGUCUAAACAAAUUCGCCUCGGUAAUCAUUCGACGUGCCAAGAGAUAUAUGAACUGCUCCCACACGGAGGCCACUGAGAUGAAUCUUAUGCUGGCAACGGGCAUGCUAUCCUCUAUCAUCAUUACAACCGGCGCUGCAGUCUUCUCUCGAUACGAGGGCUGGAGUUAUUUUGAUAGCUUUUACUACUGCUUCGUCACGCUAACGACUAUAGGAUUUGGAGACUAUGUGGCGCUUCAGAACGACCAGGCAUUAACCAAUAAGCCAGGCUACGUGGCGCUCAGUCUCGUCUUUAUAUUGUUUGGACUAGCUGUGGUAGCUGCUAGCAUUAAUUUAUUGGUGCUGCGUUUCAUGACCAUGCAAGCUGAGGACGCUAAGCGGGACGAGCAGGAUGCACAGAACUUGGCUGCCGUAAACCAGCCAGUUACCUUCGAGGACGAGUACAAUAUGAAUGGUAAGCUAUUGGACCACGCCAACUACAUGACCGAAUACGACGAAACGGCAUCCUUGUGCUCAUGCACUUGCAUAGGAGGAACACGCUGCUUGAACCACGAGCAGUUUAUGGAUCCCGACUUUCAGCCAACGGACAUCAUUGAGAGCACUUUGUCAUUGAAGCGGGCGUCUGUCUGAUAUAGUCGGUUGCGGACAUCGUCAGAUGAUCUGGACUAAAAGCCUUAUCCAUAAAACAUUACAGUGCAAGUGAUUAAGCAGAGAGAUUGCUGCUGCCGCCCAAUUGAGGCAAAUGUACCCACAUAGAAAACCCAACCAUUAGCUCUACUCGUCGGUUGUUAGCUGGACUUCCCAUUUACAUAUAAUCAAAUCUACAAAUAAUGUUUUGUAAAUAGUCAUACAAAUCAAAUUGAAACUUAAUUACUCAAGUUUCCAAAACUUAAAUAGUAGACACACCAAGAAAGUCUUUUAAUGGACACAUAAAGGAAGUGGCGCUUGAAUAUAGAAAAA